AUCCCUGCUUCCUCCUCCUCCUCCUCCUCCUCCCUCUCCCCGGCAAGUUCGAUGCGAUCGGCUCCGGGCCCUGCCGUGAGUUGUCGGUGCGGGCGACAGCGCUGCUGAACAUGGCGUCGGACGGGAUGAUUUUAACCAACCACGACCACCAAAUCCGGGUCGGAGUCCUGACAGUGAGUGACAGCUGUUUUCGAAACCUCGCAGAGGACCGCAGUGGCGUAAACCUCAAAGAUCUCGUCCAUGACCCAUCACUGUUGGGUGGUAUGAUUGUGGCCUACAAGAUAGUGCCAGAUGAAAUAGAUGAAAUCAAGGAAACUCUGGUGGACUGGUGCGACGAAAAGGAGCUUAACCUCAUUUUAACCACGGGCGGUACCGGUUUUGCGCCAAGAGACGUCACACCAGAGGCCACUAAGGAGGUGAUAGAGCGUGAGGCUCCGGGGAUGUCGCUGGCAAUGUUGAUGGGGUCCCUCAACGUCACACCACUCGGCAUGCUUUCCAGACCUGUGUGUGGCAUCCGAGGGAAGACGCUCAUCAUUAACUUACCAGGAAGUAAGAAAGGCUCCCAGGAAUGCUUCCAGUUCAUCCUGCCGGCGCUGCCCCACGCCAUCGACCUCCUGCGUGACGCCGUGGUGAAAGUAAAGGAGGCGGCGGACGAGCUGGAGGACCUGCCGUCGCCGCCACCGCCUCUCUCGCCGCCACCCAACAGUUCGCCACGGCGUCAGACGGAGGACAAGGGCGUGCAGUGCGAAGAUGAGGAUGAGGAGAAGAAGGACAGCGGCGUGGCGUCCACGGAGGACAGCAGCUCCUCCCACAUCACCGCAGCCUCCAUCGCCGCCAAGAUCCCCGACGCCAUCAUCUCGCGGGGUGUCCAAGUGUUGCCCAGGGAUACGGCCUCGCUCAGCACCACGCCCUCGGAGUCGCCUCGCGCUCAGGCCACCUCCCGCCUCUCCACCGCUUCCUGUCCCACACCCAAAGCGCGGCUCCCCUCCUGUUCAUCCACCCUAAGCAUUGCUGAGGCCUCACGGAGAGAAUUCAGGGCUCACCUGGAUGAGGUCAUCACGCUCAAGUCAAGGUACUCUACCUUGGACCAGCUCCAGUGUAGGUUGGAGGGGCUUAAAGAUGAUCGCAGGAGGACCUUCAGCUCUCGAGUGCAGUCAAGAUGCAGCAGCAAAGAAAAUAUCCUAAGAUCAAGUCACAGUGCUGUAGACAUCACCAAGGUAGCCCGGAGACAUCGCAUGUCACCCUUCCCCCUCACCUCCAUGGACAAGGCCUUCAUCACUGUGCUGGAGAUGACCGCCGUCCUGGGCACUGAGAUCAUCAACUACAGAGACGGAAUGGGUCGAGUCCUCGCUCAGGACGUUUAUGCCAAAGACAACCUGCCGCCAUUCCCUGCUUCCGUCAAGGAUGGUUAUGCUGUGAGAGCGGCCGACGGCCCAGGCGACCGCUUCAUCAUCGGAGAGUCCCAAGCAGGAGAGCAGCCCACCCACACGGUGAUGCCUGGCCAGGUGAUGAGGGUGACAACCGGCGCUCCAAUCCCCUGCGGGGCAGACGCCGUCGUUCAGGUGGAAGACACCGAGCUCCUCCGCGAGUCUGAAGAUAAAACAUCUACCUCAACCCACAGAGGUGCAUGUGGAGCCCAGCCGGGCACGGAGGAGCUGGAAGUACGAAUUUUAGUCCAGGCUCGGCCAGGCCAGGACAUCAGGCCUAUCGGUCAUGACAUCAAGCGUGGCGAGUGCGUGCUGGCCAAGGGGACCCACAUGGGUCCCUCUGAGAUCGGCCUCCUUGCCACAGUGGGGGUGACAGAGGUGGAGGUCCAGAAAUUCCCUGUGGUAGCAGUUAUGUCAACAGGAAAUGAGCUGCUGAACCCGGAAGAUGAUCUUCAUCCCGGGAAGAUCAGGGACAGCAAUCGCUCCACCCUGCUGGCCACCAUCCAGGAGCACGGCUACCCGACGAUCAAUCUGGGCAUUGUGGGAGACAACCCCGAUGACCUUCUCAACGCUCUGAAUGAAGGCAUCAGCCGUGCUGACGUCAUCAUCACCUCAGGCGGAGUGUCCAUGGGCGAGAAGGACUACCUUAAGCAGGUGCUGGAUAUAGAUCUUCAUGCUCAGAUCCAUUUUGGUCGGGUCUUCAUGAAACCAGGGCUCCCAACAACAUUUGCCACGCUGGACAUUGACGGUGCUCGUAAACUCAUCUUUGCCCUCCCAGGAAACCCCGUAUCCGCUGUCGUCACCUGUAAUCUUUUUGUCAUACCCGCCUUGAGGAAGAUGCAGGGCAUUUUGGACCCAAGGCCUACUAUCAUCAAAGCCAGGUUAUCCUGCGACGUGAAGCUGGAUCCUCGCCCUGAAUACCACCGCUGCAUCCUAACAUGGCAUCACCAAGAGCCUCUGCCGUGGGCACAGAGCACAGGGAACCAGGUGAGCAGCAGACUGAUGAGCAUGCGCAGUGCCAACGGGCUCCUGAUGCUACCUCCCAAAACCGAGCAAUACGUGGAGCUGCACAAGGGCGAGGUGGUGGACGUCAUGGUCAUCGGGCGGCUAUGAUGUCACCAGGCACGGGGCCAGAGAGUCGCCGUCGUCAAUAGCGGGGGCGGUCGGUAUGGGCGGAUCACGGUGCAUGUCCACAUAUCAUUGACUAUUCUGUAAUAUGCAACGGCACAGCUAGUUUUUAUUGGUUCGGAGAAGGUAUAGUCGACAUCUUGAUCACAGCCUAGAUACAUAAGAAAACAUUGAUUUAAGAAGAUUAUAGUAUUUCAAAGAAAGAAAAUAUAACUUUUAAUGGAAAAAAAAAUCUAAUUAUAAAAAGAGAUUUAUUCUGUAAUAUAUUGAUUAUUCUUCUUAUUAUUAUGAUUAUUCUUCUUACCAUUAUUAUAUUAAGGCAACGUUGUUGCUUUCAUUGCAGUUGCUUUGUGUGUUCAAUGCUAGACUUAUCUAUAGCAGUAGCAUUUUAAUAGACAGCUGUAGGUGCCUGCCAGGACAAAAAUAUAUAUAUUAUUUUCUCAUCUUUAGUGGAUACAAAAAAAAAAGCUCUAAUCCCUUUUAUUUUCAAAAAUGAAGGAAAAAAAAAAAACAGAGGAAGACUUCAAAUUUCCCACGGUGCUGCAGCUGAAGAGGAAAAGGCGGGAGGGGGCACAUGGAGGUCUUUUUCUCUGGAGAGCGCCCGGCAAGGUGACACUUUUUCUCCUGUUAGUAUGCAUCAUAUCGGCUUCACAAAGAGCUUCGCUUGUCGUUUAUCUCGUGAGUCUUGUUUAUGUGCGCGGUGCCAAAUGCCUGGGGGGCCGGGGGGCGGGGGGGGUAUUGUCAGACGAUAACGCUUCCUUAAAUCUGCGGCGACCGGGUGGGAUAUUUCCUAUAAACCCCCAGGGAUGAGCUUUGUGGGGGGGGGAGGGGAAAUAUAUUUUAUUUGAGCAACUAUUUAAGAAAAAAAAAAAGCACUGACAGCCUUUUUAACCGACUUCACAAAAAUUGUACAGGAAAAAAAAAAAAGAACCAUAUUGUACAGAUAUGUGACCAGCACUCCUAAGGAAAUUAUUAUUAUAAUUAUUAUUAUUAUUAUUAUUAUUAAGCAAUGAGGAGACAUUGAACAACGCUGUACUAUUAUUAAAAUUUUCUGUAAUGAUGCUGAAACUGAUGAAAGAGACGAUGAUAAUAAAACAUCCUUGAUCAUUAUGUAAAAAAAAAAAAAAAAAAAAAAAAAGGUUAUUGUUGGGUUUCUUUUUUUCUAAUAAAAUAUAUCUAACAAACUACAGCAGACCAUGUUUUUGAGAGAAAUGCAUGAAUUGAAAAAAAAAUCGGUUUUGCUACUGUUAGCAUUAUAACAUUGGCUUUUUUAGCCAGUCUUGCCGCCGUACCACCUCAGUUAUUCAGCUUGGUACAUGACACAUGCUAAGUGUUAGCAUUAGCAUGUCAGGAUUAGGGGGAGGUCGGCUAUCGGUCCGGUAUCAGCUGAAAAACACGUGUCGGAUGUUAUCGUUUUGCAUUUAAAAUCUUUGAUACAAGCACCCUGCGCUGCGUUUACGGCCAGUUAACAUCUAAAUGUCUUCCGAUAAGCACACAGACUUUAUUUUGUUGUAUUUUUGUCAUGUCAUUUACAAAAGGGAAACAUGACAGGCUUUAUAGGCUACUAGCAGCUACACAACAGCUAAGCACACAAUAGCACUCUUGCUAGCUAUUGAUUGGAUAGCACACAAGGUUGGUAUUUUUUUUGUAUUUUAGGCAAGUCAUUUACAAAAGGGAAACAUGGCAGCCUGUAGGCUACGAGCAGCUACACAACAGCUGAGCACACAAGCUAGCUACAAAUUAGCUAGCACACAAGGUUGGUAUUUUUGUGUAUUUUAGUCGAGUCAUUUACAAGGUACGAGGGUACUAGCAGCUACACAACAGCUAAGCACACAAGCUAGCUACGAAUUAGCAUUUGCUAACAGUAGCCCUGUUAUAUCGCCAUAAAUAGGUGACUACUUUUACUUGAGUGUUUAAAAUAAGUCUUUUUUUAUUUUUUUAUUUAUUUUUUUUUUACUUUCAACACCUAAGUCUCUCGAUCAACUUAAAAUAUAUCCGUCAAUUAUAAGUUUUUAUUAAUAUAUGCCCUUUUUUUCAAAGAAACUUUUUCAUAUGGCAAUCACACACAAUAUGCAAUAUUUUCCCCAAAAAAUAUUUCAAAGUGGAAUAUUUGAUGUAAAGUAAUUGGAUCCUUUAAUAGGUCAAUCAU